CAUUUCGCCCAAUCUGUGUUACCAGCAGCAACAGAGAGAAUCGGGCUCGCAUUCAUAGGUGUCAUUGGCACAGAGCGGAGCGCUGGCUGUCAUCCUCAACAAAGGAAUGGUUUGAGCGCACUGUCUCCAUGGUGAUGCCGUGUAUCAGACAUAUAUCAGCCAUAGGUUGUGCCAUGCAUUCAAGGAAUACGUGAAUCGUGUGUGCCAGAAGAAGCCUUUUGCGCCAGUGUGCGCAUUUGGAGAGGCGCAUCAGCCGUGAUCAGACUGCAGCCUUACUGGAUCAUCGGACCUUGCUUUUGCAUUUUAUUUGCUUUUUUGUUUCUGGAUUUCCCCCCCCCCCUGUGAAAUAUAAUGUUGCGCGUCGCAGCUGGCAGGCUGCUUGUCGGAUUGUUCUUUUUGGGGGUUUUACACAGUUUGGAGGUGGUGCUUCCAGCAAGGGCAAUAGAUGCUCCAAAAACCUGCAGCCCCAAGCAAUUUGUUUGCAGGGAUCAGGUGACGUGUAUCUCCAAAGGCUGGCGGUGUGACGGGGAGAAGGACUGCCCGGACGGAUCGGACGAGGCCCCAGAUGUCUGUCCUCAUAACCGUGUGUCGCGGUGUCCUCCCAAUGAGCAUCAGUGUCUGGGUUCAGACCUGUGUGUUCACAUGAGCAAACUGUGUAACGGCGUCCCUGACUGCACUGACGGAGGAGACGAGGGGCCGCACUGCAGAGAACUGGCGCUCAACUGUACUCUCACUGGUUGCCAGGACAACUGUGCUGUCACACGCUCCGGCCCCAUGUGCUACUGCAAGAGCGGCUAUGAGAUCAGCCAGGACGGAAAGAACUGUAAAGAUUUUGAUGAGUGUACGGUGUACGGCACCUGCAGUCAGACGUGCACAAACACAGACGGCUCAUACACCUGCUCCUGUGUGGAAGGUUAUCUUGUCCAACCAGACAACCGCUCCUGCAAGGCCAAGAACGUGCCUGUGGAUCGUCUCCCCGUGUUAGUGAUUGCGAACUCUCAGAACAUCCAGAUCACGUCUCUAAGCGGCUCCAGCAGCCCAUCACACAUAAGCACAAAACAGACCACAGCCAUGGACUUCCUGUACGCGCAGGAAACGGUGUGCUGGAUCAAUGUGGGCGACUCCCCUGCGGGCACACUUCUGAAGUGCGCUAAGAUAACAGGACUCAAGAGCUUCACAGAUGAGAGAACCAUCAACAUCUCCCUCAGCUUACACCAUGUAGAGCAGAUGGCAAUCGACUGGCUUACGGGAAACUUCUACUUUGUUGACGACGUGGAUGAUCGAAUCUUUGUAUGUGAUAAGGAUGGAACCACAUGUGUGACACUGUUGGAUCAAGAACUAUACAACCCUAAAGGCAUCGCUCUGGAUCCAACCAUGGGAAAGGUUUUCUUCACUGACUACGGGCAGAUCCCAAAGGUGGAACGAUGUGACAUGGAUGGACAGAACCGAACAAAGUUGGUGGACAGUAAAAUUGUCUUCCCACACGGCAUCACCCUGGACUUGGUCAACCGGUUGGUCUACUGGGCUGAUGCUUAUCUGGACUACAUCGAGGUAGUGGACUAUGAGGGCAAAAACAGACACACCAUCAUUCAAGGACUGUUGAUUGAGCAUCUUUAUGGGCUCACAGUGUUUGAGAACUAUCUAUAUGCCACAAACUCAGACAAUGCCAACAUGCAGCCUAAGACCAGCGUGAUCCGUGUCAAUCGAUUCAACAGUUCAGAUUAUCAAGUGGUCACCCGUGUGGACAAGGGAGGAGCUCUACAUGUUUACCACCAGAGACGCCAGCCCCCUGUGCGGAGUCACGCCUGUGAGCCGGAUCAAUUUGGGAAAGCUGGAGGUUGUUCAGACAUCUGUCUGUUGGGCAACAGCCACAAGAGUCGGACGUGUCGCUGUCGGUCUGGCUUUAGCCUGGGCAACGAUGGCAAAUCAUGCAAGAAGCCUGAGCAUGAGUUAUUCCUGGUGUACGGGAAGGGUCGUCCGGGCGUUAUCCGUGGUAUGGACAUCAACCCUAAAGUUCAGGAUGAAUACAUGAUCCCCAUCGAGAACCUGAUGAACCCUCGAGCUCUGGACUUCCAUGCACAGAGUAACUUCAUCUACUUCGCUGACGCCACCAGCUAUCUGAUUGGCCGACAGAAGAUUGAUGGCACGGAAAGAGACAUCAUCCUUAAAGAGGGUAUUCACACUGUUGAAGGAAUCGCUGUGGACUGGAUGGCCAAUAAUCUCUACUGGACAGAUGAUGGUCCCAAGAAGACCAUCAGUGUUGCUCGGCUCGAGAAAGCUUCUCAGACCAGGAAGACUCUCAUUGAGGGCAAGAUGACCCAUCCUCGAGCGAUUGUGGUGGACCCUCGGCACGGCUGGAUGUACUGGACUGACUGGGAGGAGGACCCAAAGGAGAGCAAGCGAGGGAAGAUUGAGAGGGCCUGGAUGGACGGAACCAACCGGAACGUUCUGCUGACCUCUAAGACGGUUCUGUGGCCCAACGGCCUGAGUCUGGACAUCCCUCAGGGCAUCCUGUACUGGGUGGAUGCUUAUUACGACAGAAUCGAGAUGGUCUAUCUCAACACCACUGCACGCAAGACGGUUUAUGACGGACAGGAACUGAACCAUGCCUUCGGUCUGUGCCACUACAAAAACUUCCUGUUCUGGAAUGAGUACCGCAGCGGCAGCAUCUAUAAACUGGACCAAAACACCAAAACGGUCACUUUGCUACGCAACGAACGGCCACCCAUCUUCGAGAUCCGCAUGUACGAUGCCCAACAGCAGCUAGGAAGUAAUGCGUGUAGAGCAAACAACGGCGGCUGUAGUAGUCUGUGUUUAGCCACUCCCACUGGCAGGUCAUGUGCCUGUGCUGAGGACCAAUUACUGGAUCCCGCAGACAACAUCAGCUGUAAAGCGAACCCAUCGUACAUUCCCCCUCCGCAGUGUCAGCCAGGAGAGUUCGCCUGUAAGAAUAACCGCUGUAUUCAAGACCGCUGGAAAUGCGACGGAGAUAAUGACUGUCUGGACAACAGCGACGAGACCGCUGAACUGUGCCAUCAGCACACAUGCCCUGCAGAUCGCUUCAAGUGUCAGAAUAACCGCUGUAUCCCCAUGCGCUGGCUGUGUGAUGGAGACAACGACUGCGGCAACGAUGAAGACGAGUCUAACACUACAUGCUCAGCUCGGACGUGUCCUCCUAAUCAGUACUCGUGUGCCAGUGGCCGCUGUAUUCCCAUCUCCUGGACAUGUGACCUGGAUGAUGACUGCGGGGAUCGCUCCGAUGAGCCUGCGUCCUGCGCAUACCCAACCUGUUUCCCGCUCACUCAGUUCACCUGUAAUAACGGACGCUGUAUCAACAUCAACUGGCGCUGUGAUAACGACAAUGACUGUGGUGAUAACAGUGAUGAAGCCGGCUGUAGUCAUUCAUGCUCCAGCGCUCAGUUUAAAUGUAACAGCGGUCGCUGUAUACCCGACUACUGGACCUGCGACGGAGACAACGACUGUGGUGACUACAGUGACGAGACCCACGCCAACUGCACUAACCAGGCAACCCGUCCUCCCGGUGGCUGUCACACAGAUGAGUUCCAGUGUCGUGUGGAUGGGUUAUGUAUUCCCCUCCGCUGGCGGUGUGAUGGAGACACUGACUGCAUGGAUCUGAGCGAUGAGAAGAACUGCGAGGGAGUAACGCACAUGUGUGAUCCAGCAGUGAAGUUUGGCUGUAGGGACUCUGCACGGUGUAUCAGUAAGGCUUGGGUGUGUGAUGGUGACAGUGACUGUGAAGAUAACUCAGAUGAAGAUAACUGCGAGGCGCUGGUGUGUAAACUCUCCCAUCACGUGUGUGCUAAUGACACUAGCAUUUGUCUGCCUGCCGAGAAACUCUGUGAUGGCAAAGACGACUGUCCUGACGGCUCCGAUGAGAAACUCUGUGAUCUUUGUUCUCUGGACAAUGGUGGCUGCAGUCAUAACUGUACAGUGGCCCCGGGUGAAGGCAUUCUGUGCUCGUGCCCACUGGGCAUGGAACUGGGCAGUGACAACAAGACGUGUCAGAUCCAGGGCUUCUGUGCCAAACACCUGAAGUGCAGCCAGCGCUGUGAACAGGAUAAGUUUAAUGUGAAGUGCUCCUGUUAUGAUGGCUGGGCUCUCGAACCCGACAUGGAGAGCUGCAGGAGCACAGAUCCAUUUAAACCCUUCAUCAUCUUCUCCAACCGUCAUGAGAUCCGACGGAUUGAUCUUCACAAAGGAGAGUUCAGCGUGUUAGUGCCAGGCCUGAGGAACACCAUCGCUCUCGACUUCCACCUCAACGAGAGCUCGCUCUAUUGGACUGAUGUUGUUGAGGACAAAAUUUACCGUGGGAAGCUGUCAGAGAAUGGUGCACUGACAAGUUUUGACGUGGUGAUCCAGUAUGGAUUAGCUACUCCUGAGGGUCUGGCUGUAGACUGGAUCGCUGGAAACAUCUACUGGGUGGAGAGUAACCUAGAUCAGAUUGAGGUGGCCAAACUGGACGGUACGAUGCGCACCACUCUACUAGCUGGAGAUGUGGAGCAUCCACGAGCCAUCGCUCUGGACCCCAGAGAGGGAAUCCUAUUCUGGACAGACUGGGACGCCAGCAUGCCCAGGAUCGAGGCUGCGUCCAUGAGUGGACAUGGCAGACGCACGAUCCAUAAGGAGACUGGCAGUGGAGGAUGGCCCAACGGACUGACUGUGGACUACCUGGAGCGCCGCAUUCUGUGGAUAGAUGCCAGAUCUGAUGCAAUCUAUUCAGCCAAGUAUGAUGGGUCAGGACUGAUCGAGGUGCUCAGAGGACACGAGUAUCUCUCGCAUCCGUUCGCUGUGACGAUGUACGGAGGAGAGGUUUACUGGACAGAUUGGCGCACAAACACACUGGCCAAAGCCAACAAAUGGACAGGAAACAAUGUCACUGUGGUUCAGAGAACAAACACACAACCUUUCGAUCUGCAGGUAUACCACCCAUCAAGACAACCGCAAGCACCGAACCCGUGUGCUGCUAACGGUGGUUUGGGUCCAUGUUCUCACCUGUGCUUGAUCAACUAUAAUCAGACGUUCUCCUGCGCUUGUCCUCACCUCAUGAGACUGAGUGAAGACAACCACACCUGCUACGAGUCACGUCAGUUCCUGCUGUAUGCCCGUCAGAUUGAGAUAAGAGGAGUGGACAUCUAUAAUCCAUACUACAACUACAUCAUCUCCUUCACCGUCCCUGACAUCGACAACGUCACGGUUGUGGAUUAUGACGCUCUGGAGAAGCGUAUCUAUUGGUCGGAUGUUCGGACUCAGACCAUCAAGAGGGCCUUCAUCAACGGCACAGGAAUAGAGACAGUGGUGUCUGCAGAUAUUCCCAACGCACAUGGUCUGGCGGUGGACUGGGUUUCACGUAAUCUCUUCUGGACCAGCUAUGACGGCAAUAAGAAACAGAUUAACGUGGCCAGACUGGAUGGCUCCUUCAAAAACGCUGUUAUUCAGGGCCUGGACAAGCCCCACUGCCUCGUACUGCAUCCUAUACUGGGGAAGCUGUACUGGACUGAUGGCGAUAACAUCAGUAUGGCCAACACUGACGGCACGAACCGUACCGUGAUCUUCACCAAUCAGAAAGCUCCAGUGGGUCUGUCCAUAGACUUUGACAUGGAGCAGCUGUACUGGAUCAGCUCAGGAAACAGCACCAUUAACCGCUGCAAGCUGGACGGAUCAGAAUUGGAGGUGUUAGACGCCGUCAAAGGCAAACUGAACAAAGCCUCUGCGCUGGCUAUCAUGGGUGAUAAGCUGUGGUGGGCGGAUCAAGGCACGGAUCAGAUCGGCACGUGUGAUAAGAGUGAUGGAGGAGACUGGAAGGUCUUGAGAAACAGCACAUCUCCCAUGAUGCACAUGAAGGUCUACAAUGAGACUGUGCAGACAGGUUCAAACAUGUGCAGUAACAACAAUGGUGACUGCUCUCAGCUGUGUCUGCCCACAUCUCCCUCCAGCCGCUCCUGCAUGUGCACCGCAGGAUACAGCCUGAGGAGCGGACAGCAGUCCUGUGAGGGUGUGGGUUCAUUCCUGCUGUACUCUGUUCAUGAGGGCAUUAGAGGAAUCCCGCUGGACCCCGCAGACAAGUCCGAUGCCCUUGUACCGGUUUCAGGCACAUCUCUCGCCGUCGGGAUCGAUUUUCAUGCCGAUAACGACACCAUCUACUGGGUUGACAUGGGUUUGAGCACCAUUAGCAGAGCUAAGAGAGAUCAGACGUGGAGAGAAGAUGUCAUCACUAACGGCAUCGGGCGCGUGGAGGGCAUCGCUGUCGACUGGAUCGCCGGAAACAUCUAUUGGACAGACCAGGGCUUUGAUGUGAUUGAGGUGGCCAGAUUAAAUGGCUCGUUUAGAUAUGUGGUCAUCUCCCAAGGACUGGACAAACCUCGGGCCAUUACUGUACAUCCUGAGAAAGGGUAUCUGUUUUGGACGGAGUGGGGUCAGUAUCCACGCAUAGAAAGAUCUCGUCUGGAUGGAUCUAAUCGAGCCGUGCUGGUGAACGUCAGCAUUAGCUGGCCCAACGGCAUCUCCAUUGACUAUCAGGAAGAUAUGCUGUACUGGUGUGACGCACGUACGGAUAAGAUCGAGCGCAUUAACUUGGAGACGGGGGAGAACAGAGAGGUGGUGCUGUCCAGCAACAACAUGGACAUGUUCUCCGUAUCUGUGUUUGAAAGCUACAUAUACUGGAGUGACCGGACUCAUGCAAAUGGUUCUAUAAAGCGCGGCAGUAAAGACAAUGCAACAGAUUCAGUAAGUCUGAGGACGGGCAUCGGCGUCCAACUCAAAGACAUCAAGGUUUUUAACAGAGCUCGACAGCAAGGAACUAAUGUCUGCAAGAACAAAAACGGUGGCUGCCAACAGCUCUGUCUUUACCGUGGUAACGGUCAGCGAACAUGUGCUUGCGCUCACGGUCAGCGAACGGUCAGUUGCCGUGACUAUGACGGAUACCUUGCGCUACUAAAGAGUGGGCACUUAUCAGACGAAAACAACCUAAACGCACCCAUCAAACCGUUCGAAGACCCCGACCACAUGAAAAACGUCAUCGCGCUAACGUUGUACCGUGGAGGAGGCGGAAAAGGGGCCAAUCGGAUCUUCUACAGCGACAUCCACUUUGGGAAUAUUCAACAGAUCAAUGACGACGGGUCAGAUCGGAAGACAGUGGUUGAGAACGUUGGGUCAGUAGAAGGCUUGGCGUAUCACAGAGCCUGGGACACUUUAUACUGGACCAGUUACACCACGUCCACCAUCACCCGUCACACUGUAGACCAGAGCCGCUGGGGGGCUUUCGAUCGGGACAACGUAGUGACCAUGUCAGGAGAUGACCACCCGCGGGCCUUCGUCCUGGAUGAAUGUCAGAACUUGAUGUUUUGGACCAACUGGAAUGAGCAGUCUCCCAGUAUCAUGCGUGCUCAGCUGUCUGGUGCCAACGUCCUUGUGAUCAUCGGCAGUGACAUUCGCACUCCUAAUGGACUCGCCAUCGACCAUCGUGCUGAGAAGCUCUAUUUCUCGGAUGCUACGCUUGAUAAGAUCGAGCGUUGCGAGUAUGACGGCACCCAUCGUUAUGUGGUUCUGAAGAACGAGCCAGUGCAUCCCUUCGGUUUGGCCGUGUACGGUGACCACAUCUUCUGGACAGACUGGGUCCGCAGAGCUGUCCUCAGAGCCGACAAAUAUGUUGGAGGAGACAUGAAGGUGUUAAGAGCUGAUAUCCCACAACAGCCCAUGGGGAUCGUCGCUGUGGCCAACGACACAAAUAGCUGUGAGUUCUCGCCCUGUCGGGUGAAUAAUGGCGGCUGUCAGGAUCUGUGUCUGCUCACAUCAGAUGGACGGGUCAACUGUAGCUGCCGCGGAGAGAGGAAACUGCUGGAGGACAACACCUGCAUAGCUCAGAACACGUCAUGCAGCAGUAUGGACGACUUUGAGUGUGGGAAUGGAGACUGCAUCAAAUACACACUCACCUGUGACGGCAUGGCCCACUGCAAAGACAAGUCAGAUGAGAAGCAGUCCUACUGCACUAACCGUGUGUGUAAGAAGGGCUAUAAGCGCUGUGUGAACGGACGCUGUGUCGGACACAGUUCCUGGUGUAACGGCCGGGAUGAUUGCGGCGAUAACUCUGACGAACUCUUCUGUAAUGCAACCCUGUGCACGGCGGAUCAGUUUCAGUGCAGAGGCGGAUCAUGUGUGUCAAACUCCAGUCGCUGUAAUCAGGUGCUGGACUGUGAGGACGCCAGCGAUGAAAUGAACUGCUUGGCUUCUGAUUGUUCCAGUUAUUUCCGUCUGGGUGUGAAAGUCGACACCUAUCAGCGGUGUGAGUUCACUACACUGUGUUACGCUCCGUCAUGGGUCUGUGACGGCGCUAAUGACUGCGGAGACUAUUCAGAUGAGACCAACUGCCCAGAUAAGAAAAAGAGAAAAUGUCCAUCAAACUUCUUCGCUUGUCCCAACGGUCGCUGUAUCCCCAUGAGCUGGACCUGCGACAAGGAGAACGACUGUGAGAACGGAGAUGACGAGGCACACUGUGAUAAGUUCUGCUCAGCGACGCAGUUUGAGUGCGGGAAUCAUCGCUGUAUUUCCAGCAGCUGGGUGUGUGACGGAGCGGACGACUGUGGAGAUGGAACAGAUGAGGACAGCAGAUGCAAGAAUAAAACGUGCAGUGCAGACGCGUUCCAGUGUCCCGACUCACACAAGUGUGUCCCGCAGCGCUGGGUGUGUGACGGCGACAGAGACUGUCCGGACGGAGCCGACGAGAGUGUGAAGGCCGGCUGUGUGUUCAAUAACACGUGUAAAGCAGGAGAGUUCAUGUGCCAGAACAGACAGUGUAUCCCAAAACACUUUGUGUGUGACCAUGACAACGACUGCGGUGACGGAUCCGAUGAAUCUCAGGAGUGCGAGUAUCCUGCAUGUAAGGCCAAUGAGUUCCGCUGUGACAACGGCCGCUGCCUGAUCCAGAAGUCAUGGGAGUGUGACGGAGAGUUUGACUGCCACGAUCACUCAGACGAAGCUCCCAAAAACCCCCACUGUGACGGCUCUGAGAAGAAGUGUAAUGACACAGCAUACGCAUGUGGGAACGGUAAAUGCAUCAGUGAGACGUUACUGUGCAAUCGCAACGAUGACUGCGGCGAUGGAACGGAUGAGCUGAACUGCUUCAUUAAUGAAUGUCUGAACAGUAAACUGAGCGGCUGCUCUCAGCUGUGUGAGGACCUGAAGAUCGGAUUCAAGUGCAGAUGCCGCCCUGGCUUUAGACUGAAGGAUGAUGGGAAGACCUGUGUGGAUGUGGACGAGUGCUCCACCACGUAUCCCUGCACACAGCACUGCAUCAACACUCACGGCAGCUUCCGCUGUCUGUGUGUGGACGGCUUCCAGCUGAGCCCCUCCGACCCCACGGUCUGCAAGUCCACCUCUGACAAGAAGCCAUUCCUCAUCUUUGCCAACCGUUAUUACUUGAGAAAGCUCAACUUGGAUGGCUCAAACUACACACUAUUAAAGCAGGGUCUGAACAAUGCUGUUGCAUUAGACUUCGACUACAGGCAGCAGAUGAUCUAUUGGACAGAUGUCACGACUCAGGGUAGCAUGAUACGACGCAUGCACAUCAACGGCAGCAACGUUCAGGUUCUCCAUCGCACGUCUCUCAGCAACCCUGAUGGUCUGGCUGUUGAUUGGGUCGGUGGUAACCUGUACUGGUGUGAUAAGGGACGGGACACUAUUGAGGUGUCGAAGCUGGACGGAGCAUACAGGACUGUUCUGGUCAACACGGGACUGAAGGAGCCCAGAGCUGUAGCUGUGGACGUCCGCAAUGGGUACCUGUACUGGUCUGACUGGGGUGAUAAUCCUCAUAUCGGGCGCAUUGGGAUGGAUGGCGCCAACAGGAGUGUGAUCAUACAGGACAAGAUAACCUGGCCCAACGGUCUCACUCUGGACUUCAUCAAUGAUCGCAUCUACUGGGCAGACGCCAGAGAGGACUACAUCGAGUUUGCCAGCUUAGACGGAUCCAAUAGGCACACUGUUUUGAGUCAGGACAUCCCGCACAUAUUCGCAAUGACUCUUUUUGAGGAGUACAUCUACUGGACAGACUGGGAAACCAAGUCAAUCAACAGAGCUCACAAAACACAGGGAACCAACAAGACCAUGCUGAUCAGCACCCUACACAGACCCAUGGACAUCCACAUCUACCACCCCUACAGACAACCAGAGGUCACGAAUCACCCGUGUCAGACAGACAACGGCGGCUGCAGUAACUUGUGUUUGCUGUCUCCGGGUGGUGGUUAUAAAUGUGCCUGUCCCAAUAACUUCUACCUGGCUGCUGAUGGGAAACAGUGCAUGUCUAACUGCACCGCCAGCCAGUUUGUCUGCAAGAAUGACAAAUGUAUCCCGUUCUGGUGGAAGUGUGACACUGAGGACGACUGUGGCGACCGAUCGGACGAGCCUGCCGACUGCCCUGAGUUUAAAUGCAGACCGGGUCAGUUCCAGUGCGGCACUGGUAUCUGUACAAACCCAGCGUACAUCUGUGAUGGAGACAACGACUGCCAGGAUAACUCUGAUGAGGCCAACUGCGAUAUCCACGUGUGUUUGCCCAGUCAGUUUAAAUGCACCAAUCCCAGCCGCUGUAUUCCAGGAAUAUUCCGCUGUAACGGCCAGGACAACUGUGGAGAAGGAGAGGAUGAGAAAGACUGCCCGGAGGUGACGUGCGCACCGAACCAGUUCCAGUGCACCAUAACCAAGCGCUGUAUCCCGCGUGUGUGGGUGUGCGACCGUGAUAAUGACUGCGUCGAUGGAUCCGACGAACCCGCCAACUGCACUCAGAUGACGUGUGGUGUGGAUGAAUUCCGCUGUAAAGACUCCGGCCGCUGUAUCCCGGCGCGCUGGAAAUGUGACGGAGAGGACGACUGCGGCGACUCCUCAGAUGAGCCUAAAGAGGAGUGCGAUGAGAGGACGUGUGAGCCGUAUCAGUUCCGCUGUAAAAACAAUCGCUGUGUUCCCGGCCGCUGGCAGUGUGACUACGACAAUGACUGUGGUGACAAUUCGGACGAGGACAAGUGUGUGCCCAGGCAGUGCUCUGAGAGUGAGUUCGCCUGCACCAGCGGCCGCUGUAUCGCUGGCAGAUGGAAGUGUGAUGGAGACCAUGACUGCGCCGACGGAUCUGAUGAGAAUGGCUGUGAUGUGAAGUGUGAUAAUGACCAGUUUCAGUGUAAGAACGGUCACUGUAUCCCGUUCCGCUGGAGGUGUGACGCUGAUACCGACUGCAUGGAUGGCAGUGACGAGGAGAACUGUGACACUGGAGUGGGUCGAUUCUGCCCCCUGGAUGAGUUUCAAUGUAAUAACACUCUGUGUAAGCCGCUGGGCUGGAUGUGUGAUGGCGAGGACGACUGCGGAGACAACUCAGACGAGAACCCAGACGUGUGCAAGAGAUUCCAGUGUCCUUCCACCAGACAGUUCAGAUGCCAUAAUGACCGAGUGUGUCUGCCAGUGUCUAAACAAUGUGACGGUGUUGACAACUGCGGAGACAACAGUGAUGAACUCAACUGCCAAACUCCUGCCCCUGCGGUCUGUGGAAAGGGCGAGUUUACAUGCAGUAGCGGGAAGUGUAUCAGUAUUAACCUACGCUGCAAUUUCUUCAAUGACUGUGAGGACUAUGGCUCUGAUGAGAUCAACUGCAACAAGAAAGAUUCAGGCCUGAAUGAAUGCCGUCACAACCGCAGUAUGUGUGGAGAUGAAGGUCAUUGUGUGGUGAACGGAACCGACUCGUUCUGCUCCUGCAGACACGGCUUCCAGAAAACACACCUGCAAACCUGCACAGAUGUGAACGAGUGCAAGCGGUUCGGGAUCUGCUCUCACAUCUGUAACAACACGAAAGGCUCCCACAAAUGCAGCUGCUCCAAGAACUUCAUCAGAGUGAACGACACCUGCAAGGCUGACAGCAGUGACAAACAAGCUCUGUACGUGGCAGAUGAUAAUGAAAUUCGGAGUUUGUAUCCUGGAAUGCAAAAUUGGAUAUAUGAACAGGCCUUCCAAGGAGAUGCCAACGUACGCAUCGACGCCAUGGACCUGCACAUCAAAUCCAAACGGAUCUUUUGGACCAACUGGCACACGGGCAGGAUCUCAUCUUUCGAGCAGCCGUCUGCUGGACCCGCUUCGCCAAACUCGAACCGCAACCGCAGGCAGACGGACUCCAGAGUCACUGAUCUAGAGAUCCCUGGUCUGAAGAUGCCCCGUGGGAUUGCUGUGGACUGGGUGGCCAACAACAUCUACUGGACAGACUCUGGUCGGGAUGUCAUUGAGGUGGCACAGAUGAACGGACGCAAUCGUAAGACCCUCAUCUCGGGCAUGAUUGACGAGCCCUACGCCAUCGUGGUGGACCCACAGAGAGGCACCAUGUACUGGGCCGACUGGGGAAACCACCCUAAGAUUGAGACAGCUGCUAUGGACGGGACCAUGAGAGAGACGCUGGUGCAUGAAAACAUCCAGUGGCCCACAGGUCUAGCUGUGGAUUACUUCAAUGAGCGUCUGUACUGGGCUGAUGCUAAACUCUCGGUUAUUGGGAGCGUCAGACUGAAUGGCACAGAUCCGGUCAUAGCUGUCACCAGCCUUAAAAACAAUUUGCACCACCCUUUCAGCAUCGACAUCUUUGAGGAUUUCAUAUAUGGUGUGACCUACCACAACAAUUUUGUCUUCCGUGUCAACAAGUUUGGCAAGAGUUCAGUUGAGCAUCUGACCACAGGAAUGAACCACGCUACAGAUCUGGUCCUGUACCACCCGUACAAACAGCCAGAGAUGACCAACCCAUGUGACAGGAAGAAAUGUGAGUGGUUGUGUCUGCUCAGCCCCAGCGGCCCAGUCUGCAUGUGUCCCAAUGGCAGAAUACUGGACAAUGGUACCUGUGUGGAGGUGCCGACCCCGACACUGUCCCCUGUCUCUCCGAGUGGCACUUGCAGUCUGCUGUGUCUUAAUGGUGGUACUUGUGUCCUGAAUGCCAGAAAACAACCCAAAUGCCGCUGUCAGCCCAACUAUGGAGGAGAGAGAUGUGAGCUAAACCAGUGCAGAGACUACUGCCAGAACGGAGGAACCUGCACCGCAUCGCCCACAGGAGCUCCGACUUGCCGUUGUCUGGCAGGCUUCACAGGACCCAACUGUAACCAGCGCACAUGUGAGAACUACUGUAAGAACGGAGGAAACUGCACAGUUAACCGUGGAAACCAGCCAACCUGCAGCUGCGUGGCAGACUUCCUCGGAGACCAGUGCCAAUAUCGGACGUGUGAUGGAUUCUGUGAUCAUGGAGGGACAUGCAUGCAGUCCAGCGAUGGGUCGAGACAAUGUCGCUGCCCUCCACGCUUCAUCGGAAACAACUGUGAAGUGGACAAAUGCCACUAUUGCCGUGAUGGCAAGUGUAUUCCCACCAACAUCUACCAGCCUCAUGGAGACGUUACAUGCAGGUGUACCAGUGGCAGAAUCCAGCCAAGCUGUUACACGUGUGAAGGAUACUGUGCUAAUGGCCAGUGCUCUCUUAGCACCACAAACCUCCCGCAGUGCAAGUGUCCUCUUGGAUGGGAGGGUCAUCGCUGUGAUAAUCCUGCCUCCACUGGAAAUGCUGAAUCCAGUGGCCGAACAGCUUCAAUAGUUAUUCCAUUGAUUUUGCUGAUACUGCUGGUGUUGCUGAUUGGAGGAGCAGUAUUAUGGUACAGAAAACGAAUGAGAGGGCUUGGCAAAUCCCACUCCAAACGACCGCGAGCCAAAGGCUUUCAACAUCAGAGAAUGACAAAUGGCGCUAUGAAUGUUGAGAUCGGGAACCCAGCCUAUAAAAUAUAUGAAGGAGAGCAAGAUGACGACGUUGGAGAACUGCUAGACGCUGACUUCACACUGGAUCCCGACAAACCGACCAACUUCACGAAUCCCGUGUAUGCUACUCUGUACAUGGGAGCGCACAACAGCCGCAAUUCCCUGGCCAGUACAGAUGAGAAGAAGGAGCUGCUGUCACGGGGUGACGAGGAGCCGCUGGUGGACCCGCUGGCUUAGACCGGCAAUCAGUUCGGUCCAUUCAUGGAAAAUACCAUUUGCCUUUUUGAGAAAAAGAAAAAAGAAGAAAAAAGAAAACAUGAAGAAAAUCAAUGAUUAAGUGUUAACACUGUAUAAAAUGUACAAAAAUGAAGGACUACUUUUGUAUGUGAUUGCAGUAUUAUAUUUUGUUCUUUUCCAAUUCUUCUGGUCACAACAAAACAUCACAAGAACAAAAGAUGCAUUUUCUAAAAAAAAAAAAAAAGAUGCAGUUUUUGGUUUAAAUUUUUAGGUCACCUCCCUUUUACCUUAAUAGCCACUACCUCUGUGCAAUAUGGAGUCAAAAAGAAAAAGAGAUUGGAACAAUGACAUUUUUUUAUUUUUGUAUGAGAUGUAUAGAGAAAAAUGUUGUUCCAUCAGUAAUGCCAACUGUUUGUUGUAUGUUUGACUGUGUGGAGAGGGCAACUUUGACAUGGAACCAGUGUUUGCUUUAAACUUACUACAAUGUCAAGCAGAUGUUAUCAGAUUUAUGUGCCAGUUUUACUACUCCCAUUGUAAGUUCAUAAUUAUUUAUAAGGAUAAUCAGUUUCUCAUGCACAGAUCCAAACCAUUGCAAUAUUACUUAUGCUUAUUACAAACUUUUACAGAACAGAUUUUUUAAAGUGAGAAUGUCAGUGUUGUAGAUUUGGACACACUUGACUGAAAUGUUUCUCAUGAUCUUAAAAACCUUUUGAUCGAAAGGCUUCUGCUUAACUGCUUGAAAUUAGUUUUAUAGACAACAAUAAAUUGUGCCUAUGUAUGAAUCUCUUUACAAAACUAAACAUCUUUGUUCAAAUGUAAAAAAUAAAAUGAAAUGGGUGAGUUGGAACAGAUAGCGAAGGAAAAGCAGCACACGUGGAAUCUAGACGAUAUGAAAGAGUUAACAUUUUUUGGUCACUACAUAUUUGCCAUAUUUCAGUUUCACAUUUUAGAUUAAUAGUAAAGAAUGAGUAGGUGUGUCCUAACUUUUGACUGGUACUGUAUUUAUUUUCAGAUGAAUGAAGUGAAGUGUGGGUAAUUGAAAGAGAAAGCUGCUUACAAGUGAAUCCCAAAACAAUCGAAGGCACAUUUGUGCACUGGUUGUAGUGACGCGUGUUUUGAGCACCUUUAAACCUGAAGAGGGUUUACGACAGAAGAAAGUGAAUUUUUACACUUGUUUAUAUAUGUUUUUAAAAUGUCACAGUUAAAGAUGAAAAACUGAUGUGUUCUAAUAUUGACACACUUUCAUCUCGUCUUUUGUAAUCUUCCUCUGAAAUAUAUCAUCCAUCAUGUUGCUUAUACUUUUAAAAUGUACACCUUUUUUCUCAGUAAAUCCAUAUUUUCCUGCUCAGCUGGUUGCUGA